AUGACAACCACCCGCGUCAUACUGAGUUUUCCUUGGUCCAGUAACGGCGAUAAAAUGAAGGGUGACCUGUUCCAGGAUACUGGUGUCACCGAUGCGGUAAUGAAUGUUGCUCGCAAGGAAUUGCGAGAGGAUAAAGCAAUCCGCGAACAAAGUCUUCAGCAGAUGCGCGAAUGGAUCAGGCAGAACCAGGACAUUGAGAACGUUCGCACCGAUGAUCUUUUUCUGUUGCGUUUUUUGCGUACGAAAAAGUUCAGCGUAUUCAUGGCAGAACAAAUGCUCCUGAAGUAUUUGAAUUUACGCCGACUUCAGAUGCAUAUGGUGCACGAUUUAGAUUUUUUGUCACCAAAGUUAAACAAACUUAUUAAUAACGGAUACAUGUUGGCAUCGCCAAUUCGGGACAAGAAUGGCAGACGGCUCAUUAUUGGAUUUGCAAGUCUCUUCGACCCAUCCGAGCACGAUAGCACCGAAAUGUCACGGGUACACUCCAUAACAUAUGAAACUCUGUUAGAGGAUCCUCAAAAUCAGAUCUUGGGCUUUGUCCAUAUUGGCGACUUUAGGGGAAUAACAACAGCCCACAUAUCAAGCUGGAAUCCCACCGAUUUCCUCCGAAUGGUUAGAUGGGGUGAGCAAUCGAUUCCCAUGCGUCAUAAAGAGGUCCAUUUCGUUAACGUGCCGUCGGCGGUCAAAUACGUCAUCGAAGCCGGAAGAUCGAUUAUUACUAAAAAGAUGAAGGAACGGCUACAGGUUCACGUCACAGUACAGGAUCUAUGUAAGAAAGUAGAUCCAGCUUGUCUACCGAAAGAGCUGGGCGGAAAGAUCCCACUGGUUGAUAUGAUUGAAAGUUGGAAGCUGGAACUAGCAGCUAAACGCAGCGCGUUACUAGCACUGGAUAAGAUGAAGAUUUUGAGCGACCGAGGUAUCAUCACACGACACAACAAUGAUCGCAAUAAUAAUAACGGUCAAUUGGGAAUGGAAACGAUAACUGGUAGCUUCCGAAAACUAGAGGUUGAUUGA